AUGGAAAACUACACCUACAACAGCUUCUCACUUCAGGUGGAGGGGUUAAAGGUUACAGAGCAAUCGGUGUACCCUGUUUUUAUAUUUCUUCUUGUAUCCUAUCUUUUUAUCAUGUUUGCCAAUGCUGGAAUGGUGGUGUUAGUCUGCAUUGAAAAGAGUCUUCACAAUCCUAUGUAUCUUCUUUUCUGUAAUCUGACAUUCAACGACAUCCUAGGUAACUCCAUCAUGGUGCCAAGGCUUCUUGCAGACAUUCUGGUGCCUCCUUCUGAACGCAUAAUUAGCUACUACGAGUGUGUGGUCCAAGCCUUUACCACACAUGUGUUUGCCACAGCCUCUCACACAGUUCUGAUGAUCAUGGCCUUUGACAGAUAUGUAGCUAUAUGUAACCCUUUGCGGUAUACUACUAUUAUGAACAACAAAAUGGUGAUCAAGCUGUCUGCCUCUGCCUGGGGGGUGGCAAUUGUGCUCGUGGCUGUUUUGCUUGGGCUCACCAUCAGACUGAACAGAUGCAGAACCUUGAUCACAAAUCCUUACUGUGACAAUGCCUCACUGUUUAAACUAUCCUGUGAGAGCGUUUUCAUUAACAAUCUAUAUGGACUGUCAUUUACUGUGGUGCUCUUGUCAUCUUCUAUAGGCAGUAUGGUCCUUACUUAUACAAUGAUUACAGCAGUAUGUCUGACUAGUAAGAACAAAGCUUUGAACAGUAAAGCUCUUAAGACUUGCAGCACUCAUCUCUUUGUAUACCUCAUCAUGCUUUUAAGUGGUUUCUUGAUUAUUCUAAUGCAUCGCUUCCCUCAGUAUUCAGACGAUAGAAAACUUUGUGCAAUUCUAAUUCACAUCAUCCCUUCAAGCCUGAACCCCAUCAUCUAUGGAAUACAGUCCAAAGAGAUCCGUGUAUUCUUGUCAAACCAGUUCCACACCAGAAAGGUUUUUCAAUAAUUGUUUUAAAAAUUUAAUAUCAAAACUUUGAAGAUAUAUAUGACUGAAUUUGCAGAUUUAAGUGCACAGAACAUUUUUACAAAGUUUAGAUGAAGACAUUCAUUAAAAGCAAUGAG